CAAUUGGUCACCGGUUUGAUUUCUCUGAUUUAGUACUUUAAAAACGUUCAACUGCUUUGGUACAAACGACAUUUGAUUAUCUUCCUAUUAUAAUGGGUGGUUGUUGUAGUACUAGUAAAUCGGUCGAUUUGCCAGCUGUGCCGCCAGCGCCAGCUAAGCAGCGAGCCACAACGCUACCGGAAUUUCCGAGUACGCUUUCAAACAAUAAUUCCGGCAUUUCUACAUUGGGAGGAGCUACGAACAGAGCACUUGAAGAAGAUUAGCAGGGCUAGAGCAAUGAAACUAAUAAAGAACAUCUACAAGUAAUUUCAAGAAAUAAUUAUUAAAUAUGCACCCAAUUAGAAUUCACGUCAAAUUUUCCUUUUAAAAAUAAAAAGUUUAAGUAAUGUAGUUAAUAUUUUGUGAAA